GUGCGAGGCGGCGGGGCUGAGCUAAGCCGAGCCCACGUGUGACGGCUCUCGCCGCUGCCCCGGCUCCGCGGCUCGCAGAGCGAUUCGGAGGAGCCCGGGCGGGGGGGAGGAGGAGGGGGAGGAGGGAGCGGAGAUCUCGGGGCUCGGAGCCGGCCGCCGCUCCGCUCCGAUCGCUGUGGGGCUCGGCUCUUUCGGGGGUGGGGGGGCGGGGGGGCUCCGCUAUGGAGGCAAAUGGGAGCCAAGGCACCUCGGGCAGCGCCAACGACUCCCAGCACGACCCCGGUAAAAUGUUUAUCGGCGGACUGAGCUGGCAGACCUCACCAGAUAGCCUUAGAGACUAUUUUAGCAAAUUUGGAGAAAUUAGAGAAUGUAUGGUCAUGAGAGAUCCCACUACGAAACGCUCCAGAGGCUUCGGCUUCGUCACGUUCGCAGACCCGGCCAGCGUAGAUAAAGUGUUAGGUCAGCCCCACCAUGAGUUAGAUUCCAAGACGAUUGACCCCAAAGUUGCAUUUCCUCGUCGAGCUCAACCCAAGAUGGUCACAAGAACAAAGAAGAUAUUUGUAGGCGGAUUAUCUGCAAACACAGUUGUGGAGGAUGUCAAGCAAUACUUUGAGCAGUUUGGGAAGGUGGAGGAUGCAAUGCUGAUGUUUGACAAAACCACCAACAGACACAGAGGGUUCGGCUUUGUCACUUUUGAGAAUGAAGAUGUGGUGGAGAAAGUCUGUGAGAUUCAUUUCCAUGAAAUCAAUAAUAAAAUGGUAGAAUGUAAGAAAGCCCAGCCGAAGGAGGUCAUGUUCCCACCGGGGACGAGGGGCCGGGCCCGGGGACUGCCUUACACCAUGGACGCAUUCAUGCUGGGAAUGGGGAUGCUUGGCUACCCCAACUUUGUGGCAACCUAUGGCCGCGGCUACCCCGGAUUCGCUCCCAGCUACGGCUAUCAGUUCCCAGGCUUCCCGGCAGCAGCUUAUGGACCAGUGGCAGCAGCGGCGGUGGCAGCAGCCCGAGGAUCAGUCCUGAAUAGCUACAGUGCUCAACCGAAUUUUGGCGCGCCCGCUUCCCCGGCAGGCUCCAACCCGGCGCGGCCCGGAGGCUUCCCGGGGGCCAACAGCCCAGGACCUGUCGCCGAUCUCUACGGCCCUGCCAGCCAGGACUCCGGAGUGGGGAAUUACAUAAGCGCGGCCAGCCCUCAGCCGGGCUCAGGCUUUGGCCACGGCAUUGCUGGACCUUUGAUUGCAACGGCCUUUACAAAUGGAUACCAUUGAGCAGGUGCUUUCGUUGCCAUCUCGCCCUGAGAGCAUACCUGGAUGUCCAGGCAAGACUGGGCGAAGUUUCUGAGUGGUCCUUUGUUUAGGUGAUGUCCUCGGACCCGGAACCCCACCAGCCUCACUCCUCAUCCCAACCAGAGAUGGCUCACUUCGGACGGAGGGUUGGCUGCAUCUCAUCAUCUCACGAUACUGCUGUAAUAUACAACAACGGCUUUUAAAUGUGUAUAUAACCCAUGAUUCUGGUUCUGUUUGGUUUUGUUUUGUUUUCUUGAUGGUUUCCUGUCCCCGUUUCUCUUCCCCUUCUCCUUUGAAAUCUCCUUGAAUCACGUUUGGGUAGUGAUUUUGACUUAGUCUCGUAGUCACACAGCUUUAAUAUCUAGGUAAAAAGCUAACCAUAGUAUAAUUGUCAUAUUAAGGAUAUUUUUUUUUCUUUAAAAAAAGAUUUUUUUUUUUGCUUGUUUUGAUUCUGUUUUCACGUUGAAAGGAUGUUGAGAUGGUAAUAUAACUCUCAAUGUUUUGGUACCAGUUCUGAGACUAUGAAAUUUCAGGUGGAACCUAGCACACACACUGAAGCGAAGUUGUGACGUGGGAGUGGGCGGUGGGCUUGCGCUUUCUCCUUUGCGUUGUAGCAGUGAGGUGUAGUAGGCUAAUGAACCGACUCUAGCAUUUCUUUGGUGUGAUGUCUCUUUGUUAACCUCAGUCUAUCUAUUUUCGGCAAUAAGGUAAGGACGACAAUGUUUUCGGAGUGUCCUCCUUUUUAUAAGUGCUUUUUCUUUUCUGUUGAAAGAGGUGAUAUUAUAAGGUUUUUUGAAAUUGUGAAUUCUAAAAGAGAAAUGUUGUAAAUACAAUUCCAUUAACUACAUAGAAACUAUUAAGAAAGAGAGAAUCAAAAAUAUUUUUGUGAGGGCGUCGGUCCCAGGCAGUUUGAUGCUCCGCGGAAGGAGGAAGGAAGGAAAGCUGGACAAAGCGGGUGACCGAGACGGGCACCCUGGCUGCCCGGCCGGCCCCAGGAACCCGACAGCCGUGCUGAGCUGCUUGUCUGCGCGAUCGACCUGUGUUACGGUCAUACCAGCCUGUUAACCUCUCGUCUGUGCACAGCUUCAAAUGUUACCGGCUAGUUAGGUUUUUAUUUAAAAUAUGGAAAACUGCUUUUCCCAAGACAUUUAAAAAGAAACAAAGCUACAAUUUUAAUAUUUAACAUAUUUAAAGUUUCAAAGCACACCUGUUUGGCUUGGGUAGAAGGGGUGGGGGGGCAUCCUUUUUCAGUCUUAAUUUUUAAAUAUUUGAUCAUUUUCUAUUGUCCGAUCAUUUCAGCGCCUCCAAAGGUCUUUAGGACACCCUGCCUGUCUUCUCCCCCUGCCCCCAACCCUGUCCCAGAACCAGGGGACCGUGGGGCAGGUGCAGAAGCCCCUGCCUUCAUCCCACCCUUUCUCCAUUCACUUUCUAUUUACAAAUUAGGAAAGCAACCUUUUGGUUUAUAUAUAUAUUUUUUAAUACCUCAGUGCUGCAAGUAUCACCAGAGAGGCUAUGGAAGAAAUUUUUUUUUUAAUUUAUUAUAGAUGUAAACAGAAUUUUAAAAAUAAAAAGUAUAAACAUCACUGCACUGUGACUGGUGGGAAAAACUGACAAUUUCCUGUUUGCACAUGCUUGACAUUGGCUGUUAUAAUAUAUGGUCCUCGGUCAGGGAAAGAUACUUAUGAUGAAGGAUAUUUUUUAAUUUAACUUUUUUUUAAAUGUUGGUACUAGGUCGGCAACAGCAACUGUAGAAGUACAACUCAAUAGAUGGCAUUAAAACCUAUUGUAGUGUGGAUAUAUAUUUUUUUUCUUUUUUAAAAUGUGAUAUUGACGUUUUAUUAAUAUUUUUUAAAUUGUUACGUUUAUAAAUUUGGUACUUAAGGCACAGCCAGUAUGAGACACUGAAUGCGACAUUUAUUAUAAAGAGCUGCUGCACUCCUAUUUUUAUAAAUUUUACUAACGAAGUAGACUAAUGUAGACAUUCACAGACGCGGUAGGGCAAACGCAUUUUCAAAUGAAGAACUCCAAAAUGCUAACUCAGAAAGAAAGAAAAAAAAAAACAGCCUUUUUUCAAUUCUAAUUAAAUAGCAACGAGAUUAAAAAAAAAUCAUAGACUUUGUUUUCAUGUCAGGUUGUUUGAUGACCUUUUUGGCUUUUUGGGGGAGGGGAUUUGUUUUUUUUUCCCCUUCCCUUUUUUUUUUUUUAAUUUCCAAACAACCAGAUUAAGUAACAUGCUGUACGCUUUUAAAAAAGAUCUCAAAACUUGUUCAAGUACUAAAAUAACAAAAUAGAAGUUUUAUUAAAAAAGAAAAAAAAAAGAAAAAAAGAGACAGUAAUUCCCAGAAGCGCAGUGUCUAGCCUAGGAGAAAACGACUCCUUCGUCCCUGUCGGUGUUGUAUGUAUGGAGCCCCCUUUCCACCUCAUAGCGACUCUUCGUUGAUCAUUGUCUAUUAAUAAUGUAUACAAUGGCUAUCUUGUAAGCGUGCUGUCCUGGAACUAGUAUAGUGACUUUUUUUCUCCUCUUUCUUCUAGUACAUAUUGAUAGGUAUAACAUAAUUAAGGUUUAAAAAAAAAUUAGACAUAGCUAUUCAGAUUUAGGACCAGUAAGGAUAGAACUUUCUCUUAUAUAUAUUUAAAAAAAAAAUUGCUAAUGAUUUUGGGGCAGUUUUUUCCUUUAAUUUUUUUGUUUUUCAAUUUCAAGUUUAAUUUUUCCUUUUGCUGAUCUGAUGUGGUUUCAACUAACCCAAGGUCUCACCACGUUCAAAUGCCAGCUGACUCUGCGGCAUCCUGUAGAUCCCCACCCUCCUUCUCCGUGAAGGGGCGUGCCAUACUACCUUAAAUGCUAAUGCCAGAUAUGCAAAACUGGAUUUUUUUAAUUUAUUUUUUAAAAGAGGGAGGCAUGGUAUAUUAAAAUGAUUUUACAAAGAGAAAAAAAAAUAUUUUUUUAAGAAUGCUCAGAAGAAAUUGCUAAUCUGUGUGAAUAUGUUUUAGAUGUUUAUAUACCUUUUGAAGAGACCCAGUAGCCCAUAGCACAAUCUUGUGGAAUCUGAUAUGUUUUCAUGUGGCUACCUAGGUUGAGGUUCACGUGAGUCCCCCCCACCCCCUCAUUUAGAAGUCCAUUUUGAAACGUUUUUGUAAAUUCUUUGAGCACUGAUGUUCAGCCUUUGUCUUGGUUUCGGUUACACUCAGUGGCACACUCGGGCACCACCCUUGACCUGCCCUAGGGGAGAGACCCUCCUGCUGACGGCUUUGCGAGGAAUCACCCCGGAGACGCCAGGCGGGCAUCCCUGUGGCCGCCAGCUCCAUCUGCCUGAGACCCCGGAACUCCUCUCCUCCUGAACAGAGAGCAAGUGGCAUUAGUUCUGGGAUUCAUUCCUGGUGCCGCCUGGACUUGGGGGCUUGUGGAGGCAACCAAGCCUUUGGUCUUCCCUCCGGGAGCCCACGCAGACCUGGUAGUAGCCUUCCUCCUACCCCGUGGGGAAAACCAAACAGCCUUGCGCUCUGUCCCAGGCGCCCACUGGCUUGAUUCCAGUGAAGCCCCCACAGGCCUCUGCGUUUUUAUCCUCCAUAACCAUCAUCUUAAUUUGAACUCAUAGCUUGGACUUUAAGGUAGCAUGGCUCUAUUGCUGUCGAAUGCAUCAUUGCACAGCGAUUCACAGCCAGUGAAUGUUACACACAUCUUGCUAGACUAGGAUAAAAAUCAUUGGGUAAUUGUUGGUUCUAACGACCUGAAAGGUGUUCAGUUUUCAUUUGUGUUUUUGUUUUGUUUCUUAAGUUUUUGAUUUGGGGGGGGUGGGGGAGGAGUUCUUUUUUUCAUUUGGGGAUUUCAGAAAAAAUAAAGAUUAUUUUUGGUUCCAGAUAGAGAAACAAAAUCUAUUUUGAUCUUGAGUGCAAACGAGGGCUAGGGACUUAGCCUCCACCACCACACUGCGUCAUCCGCCAUUCACUCGCUGCAGCAUAUUCAAGAAUAAAGCAAUAUGGUUUACUACAUUUUUUUAUCCAAGGUCAGCCAUGCUUUCUGUAUUAUAUUGCAUAUGAAAUUGUUUACAAAGGAAACACUAACUCAUACUUCUCUUUAUCAGUUGGAAGUGGCACACAGAGACAGGGAGACGGGGAGGGGGGCAGGAAGGGAAGAAUUUUUUUUUCCACAAAUGUGCUUCACCAGCCAGGCCAUCUUCCAAGAAAGGAACAGCCAGGUGGGGGCGACAGGGAGAGAAGAGGGCCAGCAUGCAGUGAGCGCACCCGUGGAAGACACUGGCGAGUUCCCUCCCCUCACCCCAAAGCUGAAAGUCAGCUUAGCCCAGUCCUGGGCAGACACUACACAAGGACAUGCUGGAAGUUAAGCAAUACUUUAAUACUGUAAUAUGUUUUCUUUUUUUUUCUUUCUUUCU